AUUGACCUUGGCAUCUGUCACGCUGCUAACAACGUUUUUUUUUUCCAGAAAGGAGCCUUCAGUAUUUUGUUCUCGUUGGCACACCGAAGUAUCGCGAGAUGUGCCCAGUAGGCUACGCUACCUUCGUGUGACUAUCAUGUAACUGACAGCUAAGCCCGCCAGCACUUUCUCAACGCUGUUAGUGAAUAGCCGCUGCUACGCUGACGGGUGGACGGGAAGCAGCCACAGAAGGGGUCAGCCGUGGCGGAGGAGUGACAGUGUGGAGUUAGUCGUGUAGAUUUACUUCUAUUGACAGUGUCAACGCUUCCUAACACACACAGAAAGGGACAGGAAGGGGAAAAUAGGGAAAGAUGGCGGCCGCGGCCUCGCCGGGCUCCGGCUCGUCCACCCCCUCGGACUGGAUUGUACUGAGAGACGGCUGCCUGCGUUGCGACGAGGAGGGCCUGCGAAGCCUUUCCUAUCACCCGACCCUCAACGCUAUCCUCGCCGUCACAAGUAAAGGGGGCAUCAAAGUCAUUGACGGCACUUCUGGGGCCAUUCUCCAGGCUUCCACGCCGCACGUCAAAGCGGGUGGCCGUGUCCGCUGUCAGUACUUUCCCGCCGUGGAUAAGGUGCUUUUUGUUGACGACUAUGCAGUGGGAUGCAGGAAGGACCUAAACGGCAUCCUGCUGUUGGACACAGCCCUCCAACCUCCAGUUGCCAAACCUGAGGAUCUGGUUCAGAUGGAGCUUCCUGUCACUGAGGCCCAGCAGCUUCUGUCAGCCUGUCAGGAGAAGAUCGAUGUUUCUAACACAAAGGGCUACGAACUCUUUAUUGUACAGCUUAAAGAAGGCCUGAAGAAUACCUCACAUGAGACGGCAGCCAAUCACAAAGUGGCCAAGUGGGCAACGGUAACCUUCCAACUUCCUCACCAUGUGCUGAAGCUGGUUGCCAGUGCCAUUGUCAGUGAGCUGAAGAAGAUCAACCAGAACAUCGCUGCCUUGUCUGUGGCCUCAUCCAUCAUGGACAGACUCUCCUACCUCUUGUCAAGCGCCCGACCUGAGCUCGGGGUGGGCCCUGGGCGCUCUGUAGACAGAUCUUUAAUGUACAGCGAAGCCAACAGGAGGGAGACGUUUACAUCGUGGCCACAUGCUGGGUACCGGUGGGCUCAGCCUGAUCCCAUGGCUCAGGCAGGGUUUUACCACCAGCCCGCCUCAACAGGGGACGACCGAGCCAUGUGCUUCACCUGCAGCGUCUGUCUGGUGUGUUGGGAACCUACGGAUGAGCCGUGGUCCGAACACGAGCGACAUUCCCCUAAUUGUCCGUUUGUGAAGGGUGAGCACACACAAAAUGUUCCCUUGUCGGUGACACUGGCAACCAGUCCAGCCCAGUUUCCCAACAGCCCCGACUGCUCGGACAAAAUUGCCUGCUACGGCUUUGGCAGCUGCCCACAGUUCCUGGCUGUCGCCACAAAGAGGGGCAAGAUCUGUAUUUGGGACGUCUCGAAAAUGAUGAAGGUACACCUGAAGUUUGAUAUUAACCCGUAUGACCCAGCCAUCCUGAAGCAGCUGAUCCUGUGCGGGGGUGAACACAGCCAGCAGACCCUGGCAGAGUCCCGGACCCCAAGUUUGGCCUGGAUAGAGGAAUCUUCCUCCUGCUCGGACCUGCCCAAGCUCGAGGGAGACAGUGAUGACCAACUGGAGGACUCCGACAGCGAUGAACAUUCCCGGUCCGAGUCAGUAACUGGCCAAGCGUCCCAGUGGGAGAGCAUGGACGUGAGCCUCGGCGUGACGGCGCUCAGCGUGCUCCAGCAGCCAGAGGCGCUCCAGUGGGCGGUGGUGGCCAGUGUGCUCAAGGACACCGUCAAAGACUUGGAAGAACUGGGCGCCAAGCCCUCACUGAACCAGGCCAAGGCCCACCACCAGUCCAAAGCAAAGGACAAGGUCCCAGAGCACCACAACAUUCCUUUUCCCUGCUUGCUGGCUGGAGGCCUGCUUAGUUAUCGUGCAACAUCUGGCCACCCCACCAGCGGACCCCACGCCGCAGUGUCUUCAACACGCAGGGUGUCAGAUAGUCCCUGUAGAACUCAAGGCCCUGAGCCCUUCCAACCCGGACCCCUUCAGGACCAAGGUCCCAUGGAAAUAGACACCUGUCCAUCACAAACUGCUGCUCAGGAGCAGGGCUUCUCCAACUUGGCAGGUUCUCACCCUCCGAGUUCGUCUUCUCUGUCAUCCGUGCACAGGACGAUACCCGUGCUGCUGUUAUACAGCAUCAGAGAAACCGACGAGAAGACGUCUGGGCAGGUGUUUGCUCAGAUGAACAACCUGAUGAGCAAGGGCCUCCACGACGAGGGCUUCACUGUGCCGCAGAUCAUCGAGAUGGAGUUCGACUCGCACGAGCAGCUUCUUCUCCAGGAUCCUCCGAUCACGUACAUUCAACAGUUUGCCGACGCCGCAACUAAUCUGGCGGGUUUCGACGGUCCCAUGGACAAAUGGAGCACGUUGGCCGCGGCGACUUCCUCUUCCCCGCCUCGCCCCGGGGCGCUGGUGCAGUGCUUCAGGUUGCCCAAACAACUGGAAGAGGAGAAUCUCUGCGUUGACUCAAUUACGCCGUGCUUGGACGGCGUCCACCUUCUCGUCGUGCUGCAGCCGUGCAACGCCGAGUCGCUCGGCGCGACAAACCAAGUCGAAGCGCUGAACAAUCUCAACCGCCUGCACUCCGCCCUCUGCGGCCAGCAGAAAGGAGACCCCCGACAUCCAGUAGCCAACGGCGUGGAGGGCGACCACCAAGAGGGUACGCCACCGCAGUCAACACUCAUCCUGCCUUCAGAGGACCAGCAGCAGACGUGCCCCAGAGGAGGAGGCUAUCUUCUCCUCUAUGAACUCAACUACUCUACCCGUAUUGUGACCUUGCAUGAGGAACCUGUCAAAGUGCAGCAGAUAUGUCAACCUUGUGACGCAAUUACCUCCUUAGUUUUGCUCCCCCCGGAUUUGCUUGACAGCCGGGAAGAUGAUAGCGAAGAGACUCCCGAGGAGCCUUCGUCAGGUUCAAAAAACGGCACGUUGCAGUGUGGAAUGGGCGUGACAGGCUUUGCCGGUUCUCUGGCACGGGCCACAUGUGGUGCAGCAGCCGCCGCCGGCAACAGCGCCGCUGCGACCGGUCCCCCCGCCGCGGGCCCAGACCAGAAGGAGUCCAAGAUACAAGAGGUUGGCCACCUGGUGGUGACCACACAGGCUGGGAAUAUUAUGAUCCUGGACCUGUCCACUUUGGAGGUUCUAACCAAGGUGGAGCCACCUAAAAAAGAAGGAUCCGUGGAAGAGAUAGACCCCUUUGUUUCUGUUACGUAUUGCUCUGGGACUGACCGCCUUUGUGCCUGCACUAAAGGUGGAGAACUUCAUUUCCUUCAAAUUGGAGGUGUUUGCGAUGACAUAGAUGACGGCGACAUGUUCAUCGAUGGCCCCAUUUCUAAAGGGGCUGAACUGUUGCUCGAGGGGGCCAGGCCUUCCUCCAAUCCUUCUAGCCCUGGGAUCACAGGAGUAGACCUCCUGGUGGACCAACCGCUGACCACGGAAAGCCUAACGUCUCUCGUGGAGUUGACGCGCUUCGAAACGUUGACGCCCCGCUUCUCAGCCACGGUGCCGCCGUGCUGGGUGGAGGUACAGCAGGAGCAGCAGCAGCGACGCCACCCGCAGCACCUUCACCAGCAGCACCACGGAGACGCAGCCCAGCACACGCGCACUUGGAAGCUUCAGAGCGACAGUUCCAGCUGGGACGAGCACGUCUUUGAACUGGUGCUGCCCAAGGCCUGCAUGGUGGGCCACGUGGACUUCAAGUUUGUCCUCAACGCCAACGCCGUCAACAUUCCUCAGAUCCAGAUCACUUUAUUGAAAAAUAAAGCGCCUGGCCUGGGCAAAGUGAACGAAACGGCGGUUGACAGACAGAUCACAUUCCCCCUCUCCAAUGUCCUCCACGCCAACGGGGAGAAGAAUGGUCGGCCUUCGGUGCAUGACUUUGCCGAGGACAUCCAGUUUAUGGACACUGAGGAAGCAUCAGGCUCCAUGUUGUGUCCAUUUCUGGAAGAGCACAAGGAGGACAUCCUUUGUGGACCGGUGUGGCUCGGCAGUGGGCUGGACCUCUCCGGCCAUCGAGGCAUGCUGAGUCUCACCAGCCCCAAGUUGGUCAAAGGUGGAAUGGCAGGUGGAAAGUACCGCUCCUUCCUGGUUCACAUCAAGGCGGUGAGUGACAAAAACGUGGAAGACAGCCCCAGACCCAUGGUCAGAAUGCCCAGUGCCAAGCCCCAGUGCUCCAAAGCUCACUCCCUGUCCACUCUGCUGCAAAGGGCUCAGGCCUCCAAGGACAAGGCGUCGCCCAUUAAGCCAGAGACCCAAGCGUCAUCCAAGAAAGUUGAAAAUCUACAAGGCUGCGACCUGCUGCAGGAAGUAUCCAUCACCAUCAGAAAGUUCAAAAAGACGUCUGUUCCAAAAGAGAGGGUGCAGCGUUGUGCAAUGCUGCAAUUCCCAGACUUCCAGGAGAAGCUGCUAGAUGCGCUGUGUCAGCGAGUAGAGGGCGGCCUCUCCACAGAACACGCUCAAAGCCUCAUCCUCGACAUCCUGUGCUGGCUGGCUGGCGUUUUUGCCAACGGCCCCUGCAGCUUACAUGAAGGAAAGGAAGGGCUGCUGGUGAAAACCAGGGUGAGGCUGAUGGAUAUUGUCGCAGUGUGUUUCUUCGAGGCUGGCCGGAGCACGGCUCACAAGUGUGCUCGCUUUCUUGCACUUUGCAUCAGCAACGGAAAAGGAGAUCCGAGUCAACAGGGUUUUGGCAUGAGCCUGUUGAAGGCUCUGCUGGACAACAUGCAGUGCUUGCCUGCUGCAGCAACAGGCGGCUCCGUGUUCUGGUACUUUGUUUUGCUGAACUAUGUCAAGGAAGAGGACCUGGCAGGGUGCAGCACGGCCUGCGCGUCCUUACUCACCGCCAUCUCCAGACAGCUGCAAGAUAGACUCACACCGAUGGAGGCGCUGCUGCAGACCAGGUACGGACUGUACAGCUCCCCUUUCGAUCCGGUGCUCUUUGACCUGGAGAUCAGCGGUUCCUCCUGUAAGAACGCCUUCAACAGCAGCAUUGGGGUCCAGUCAGAUGAGAUUGACCUGUCUGACAUCCUCUCAGGGAAUGGCAAAGUAAGCAGCUGUACAGCAGCGGAGGGAAGCUUUACCGCAUUAACGGGGCUCCUGGAAGUGGAGCCUCUGCACUUUACUUGCAUCUCCACGAGUGACGGCACACGAGUGGAGCGCGACGACGCCAGCAUGUUCACUGUGAGUACUUUUGGCGUGACCCCCGCGGUCGGCGCCCUGUCGACGGGAACGGUCGGCGAAGCUUCGACAGCUCUGAGCUCUGCCGCCCAGGUGGCGCUGCAGUCUCUGUCCCACGCCAUGGUGUCAGCAGAGCAACAGCUGCAGGUCCUGCAGGAGAAGCAGCAACAGCUGCUCAAGCUGCAGCAACAGAAGGCGAAGCUGGAAGCCAAGCUGCAUCAGACCACAUCUGCAGCCGCCGCCGCCGCCGCCGCCACCUCUGGCGUGGGACCCAUCCACAACUCAGUGCCUUCCAACCCGUCCUCCGCUCCGGGUUUCUUCAUUCACCCUUCCGACGUCAUCCCGCCGACGCCUAAAACCACGCCGCUCUUCAUGACCCCGCCCCUCACGCCGCCCAAUGAAGCCGUGUCUGCAGCCUUCAGCGCCGAGCUGGCUCACCUCUUCCCUGGAUCCAUGAUGGACCCUGGACCUGUUAACCUGGCGGCGCAUAAAAACUCCCAGAAAGCCAAACCGAACCCAAUGGGCAGCGGUUUGGCUUUGGCCAUUUCUCAGGCAUCUCACUUUUUGCAGCCUCCUCCACAUCAGUCUAUCAUCAUAGAGCGGAUGCACUCUGGAGCUCGGCGCUUUGUGACGUUGGACUUUGGCCGACCCGUCCUGCUGACAGACGCGCUGAUCCCGACCUGCAGCGACCUGGCCUCUCUGUCCAUCGACAUCUGGACGCUGGACGAGGAGGUGGACGGACGCAGGCUGGUGGUGGCCACCGACAUCAGCACCCACUCCCUCAUCCUGCACGACCUGCUGCCUCCCCCGACGUGCCGCUUCAUGAAGAUCACUGUGAUUGGGCGCUAUGGCAGCACCAAUGCUCGGGCAAAGAUCCCAUUGGGCUUUUACUACGGCCACACCUACAUUCUACCCUGGGAGAAUGAGCUUAAAGUCAUUCACGAUCUCAUACGCGGAGAGAACGAAUCUGCCCGUCAGCCUGACGUGGAUCAGCACCUGACCAUGAUGGUUGCUCUGCAAGAAGACAUCCAGUGCAGGUACAAUCUGGCUUGCCAUCGGUUGGAGACCCUCCUGCAGAGUAUUGACCUGCCACCCCUCAAUAGCGCCAACAACGCCCAGUACUUCUUACGCAAACCCGACAAGGUUGUGGAGGAAGACCAACGUGUCUUUUCGGCCUACCAAGAUUGCACCCAACUUCAGCUGCAACUCAACCUGGCCCACCACGCCGUCCAGCGAUUGCGCGUGUCGCUCGGCGCCAGUCGAAAGUCUUUCCCCACCACCAAGUCUCAGGAAGCUCCAGACCUGGUCCACAACUCCUCCACAGAGCAGCUGAGAACCAUCAUCCGCUACCUUCUGGACACACUGCUCAGCCUGCUGCACUCAAACAACGCAGGCCACUCGGUGCCAGCAGUGCUCCAGAAUACCUUCCACGCGCAGGCUUGCGAGGAACUCUUCAAACACCUUUGCCUCAGCGGGACGCCCAAAAUUCGUCUUCAUGCCGGCCUGCUCUUGGUGCAGCUGUGCGGAGGCGAACGCUGGUGGGGACAGUUCCUGUCCAAUGUGUUGCAGGAGCUCUACAACUCUGAACAACUGCUCAUCUUCCCCCAAGACAGAGUGUUUAUGCUCCUCUCCUGCCUGGGCCAAAGAUCCCUGAGCAACAGCGGUGUGUUGGAGGGUCUCCUCAACCUCCUGGACAGUUUGUUGUCUCCCUUGCAGCAACCACAAGCUGCUGCUCUGCACAGGACAGAAGGCGUUCUGGAUAUCCCAAUGAUCAGCUGGGUGGUGAUGCUGGUUUCCAGACUAUUGGAUUAUGUCACAAGUACAGAAGAUGAAGCUUCAGGUGGGAAGAAGCACCUCGGAGGGAAGGAGAGGGAAAGAAGUUCUACAGGUAUUCAGUGGAGCUUUAUAAACAACAGCCUUCAAUCUCAGAACACCAGCAGGUCAGCCAAAGGCAGCAGCAGCAGCCUUGACAGACUCUACUCCCGCAAGAUCCGCAAGCAGCUGGUCCACCACAAGCAGCAGCUAAAUCUAUUGAAAGCGAAACAAAAAGCUUUAGUGGAGCAGAUUGAGAAGGAAAAGAUCCAAAGCAACAAAGGUUCCUCCUACAAAUUACUGGUGGAACAGGCCAAGCUCAAGCAGGCGACAUCCAAGCACUUUAAAGACCUCAUCCGUCUGCGGCGGACGGCCGAGUGGCCCCGCUCCACGUUGGACACGGAGUCUGCAACAGCCAAAGAAACACCAGAGGUCGAGCCGCUGCCUUUUACGUUGUCCCACGAACGCUGCAUCUCCGUGGUGCAGAAGCUCGCCCUGUUUCUCCUAUCCAUGGACUUCACAUGUCACGCCGACCUGUUGCUGUUUGUCUGCAAGGUCCUCGCAAGGAUCGCCAACGCCACAAGACCCACAAUCCACCUGUCCGAGGUGGUGUCUGAGCAGCAGUUGGAGCGCCUGCUCCUCCUGCUUGUGGGGACAGACUUCAAUCGAGGGGAUAUCUCCUGGGGGGGCGCCUGGGCUCAGUAUUCCCUCACUUGCAUGCUACAGGACAUCCUGGCAGGUGAGCUCCUGUCUCCAGGUUCUCUCGAUGUUAUGGAUGACGUGGCUGCUGCCGAGGAGGCCGGGGCGUCGUCGUCGUCCUCGGUUGGUGUGGAUUCAGACGAUCCCUUGCCCCAGCCGACACCCAUCCCUUUAGUGGAGAGCAUCGACGAGGCCCUGGUGCCCGACAUCAUUGCAGGGGCUCCACCUCUGUCAUCUUUGGAAAAAGAUAAAGACAUAGACUUUGACUUGCUACAAGACCUGAUGGAUGUUGAUAUUGAUCCUUUAGAUAUUGAUUUGGAAAAGGAUCCACUUGCUGCCAAAGUGUUCAAGCCAAUAAGCAGCACGUGGUAUGACUACUGGGGUUCUGAUUAUAGCACAUACGGCUACACUCCAUACAUUGGGGGGGUCGGUAUUCCGGUGUCCAAACCACCCGUCGCGGUCGAGAAGCCCGGGCCGCAAAGUCUUUCGGUCUCGGUUUCCCAAGCACUGGAUGCUCGUCUGGAGGUGGGCUUGGAGCAGCAGGCUGAAUUGAUGCUGAAAAUGAUGGCGACUUUCCAAGCUGACUCCAUUCUACAGGCUCUUACCUCCAGCUCCUCCACAGUCUGCCAGACCACCAACGGCACAGACGACUCUCUGCUGAGGGCUCUCCAUGGAGGUGGAUCUCCUCCCGGCAGCACCCUCAUAGUCCAACCCUCUUCCAUCCCCAUGCUGAGUGCUUGCUUCAAUAAGCUCUUCUCCAUGCUGCAAGUCCACCACGUUCAGUUGGAGUCCCUGCUGCAGCUGUGGAUCACGCUCAGUCUCAACACGAGCUCCAGCGGCAGUGAAGACAACGGGUCGGACAUCUUCCUGUUCAACUCCAGCCGAGUACCCACCAUUCCACUGAACCAAGCAUCCAUUAGCAGUUUCCUCUCCGUGCUGGCGUGGUACCCAAACACCUCUCUGAGAACAUGGUGCCUGGUGCUGCAUUCGCUGACUCUCAUGACCAACAUGCCCUCGCAGGCCUCCAGUAAUGGGAUGAACUCUCCAGAAAGCACCGCACAGCAGAUGGUGUCGGACCUGACGCUGGUUCACGUCCUGGUGCGCUUCCUGUCGGGCAGCAACACCAGCGGGACCAACCAGCACAGCUCCCAGGUGGGACCCACUGCCACUCAAGCCAUGCAUGAGUUUCUGAGUCGCUUGCAGGUGCACCUUUCCUCCACCUGCCCACAAAUGUUCAGCGAGUUCCUCCUCAAGCUCCUGCACAUCCUGUCGACUGAAAGAGGUCCGUUCCAGUCGGGUCAGGGCCCUCUGGAUGCGCAAGUGAAGCUGUUGGAGUUCACUUUGGAGCAAAACUUUGAAGUGGUGUCUGUGGUCACGAUCUCCUCGGUCAUCGAGUCCAUCACCUUCCUGGUGCACCACUACAUCACCUGCUCCGAUAAAGUCGUCUCCCGCAGCGGCUCCGACAGCUCUGUGGGCGCUCGAGCCUGCUUUGGAGGCCUCUUCGCCAACAUCAUUCGUCCUGGAGAUGCCAAAGCCGUCUGCGGGGAAACCACACGCGACCAACUCAUGUUCGACCUCCUCAAGCUGGUCAACGUGCUGGUGCAGCUUCCUCUGUCGGGGGACAGGGAGUUCAGCGGGCGGAUACCGGCGGCCGGCAGCGGCGCGGUUGACAUCAGCGUGUCGGAUGAAGAGAAAGUCUGCGGCAGCAAAGAGACUGUGGCUGGGGGGUCGGCGUCCAGCCAGGGACCGUCCGCCGGAGUGGCCGAUCUGGUACUGGCCAAUCAGCAGAUCAUGAGUCAGAUCUUGUCUGCGCUAGGUCAGUGCAACAGCAGCGCCAUGGCCAUGAUCAUCGGAGCUAGUGGUCUCCACCUCACGAAACAUGAAAACUUUCACGGGGGCCUGGACGCCAUUUCAGUGGGCGACGGGCUCUUCACCAUCCUCACCACGCUCAGCAAGAGGGCCACGUCCGUGCAGGUCAUGUUGCAGCCCAUCCUCACGUACAUGGCCUGUGGAUACAUGGGGCGACAGGGCUCUCUUUCCACAUGUCAGCUGUCUGAGCCCCUUUUGUGGUUCAUUCUCCGUGUGUUGGAUACCAGUGAGGCUCUCAAAGCCUUCCAUGACAUGGGAGGCGUGCAGCUGAUUUGUAACAACAUGGUGACCAGCACCAGAGCCAUAGUGAACACAGCACGCAGCAUGGUGUCCACCAUCAUGAAGUUCUUAGACUCUGGUCCCGGAAAGGCGUCGGACGGCAACCUCAAAGCCCGGGUGAUGACGUCAGAGCCAGACAAUGCAGAAGGACUCCACAACUUUGCCCCAUUAGGUACCAUUACAUCCAGCAGCCCCACCGCUCAACCAGCAGAGGUCCUCCUUCAAGCGACCCCGCCUCACCGCCGUGCUCGUUCUGCAGCCUGGUCCUACAUCUUCCUUCCUGAGGAAGCUUGGUGUGACCUCACCAUUCACCUCCCGGCUGCCGUGCUGCUGAAGGAGCUCCACAUUCAGCCGCACCUUGCUUCUCUUGCUACCUGCCCGUCGUCUGUGUCUGUCGAGAUCAGUGCCGACGGAGUCAACAUGUUGCCGCUCUCCACGCCAGUCAUCACCAGCGGCCUCACGUACAUCAAGAUCCAACUGGUCAAGGCUGAGGUGGCAUCGGCCGUAUGUCUGCGGCUGCACCGGCCUCGUGACGCCAGCACCCUGGGUCUGUCUCAAAUCAAACUCCUGGGUCUCACGGCGUUUGGCAACACUUCUUCAGCAACGGUCAACAACCCCUUCCUGCCCUCUGAGGACCAGGUCUCCAAAACCAGCAUUGGAUGGCUGCGUCUCCUCCACCAUUGCCUGACGCACGUCGGGGACCUGGAGACCAUGAUGGCCAGCGCGGCGGCGCCGACCGCUAACCUGCUGCAGACAUGCGCCGCGCUGCUCAUGUCACCUUACUGCGGCAUGCACUCGCCAAACAUCGAAUCCGUGUUGGUGAAGAUCGGCCUGCAGUCCACACGUAUUGGUCUCAAACUCAUCGACAUUCUCCUGAGAAACUGUGCCGCCACCGGCACCGACCCUGCAAAUUUGAACAGCCCCCUGUUGUUCGGCCGACUCAACGGCCUCUCGUCAGACUCCACCAUCGAUAUCCUGUACCAGCUGGGCACCACUCAGGACUCCGGAACCAAGGACAGGAUCCAGGCUCUCCUCCAGUGGGUCCAUGACUCUUCAAGGGUGGCGGCUCUGAAAAUACCAGUGGGCUACUCCGGCGCCGGUCGCGCUUCUUCUGCGUCGUUGAGGGAGUACGGCCUCCUCAUGCCCUCGCCGUCCCAUCUUCACUGCGUGGCAGCCAUCUUGUGGCACAGCUACGAGCUGCCCGUCGACUACGACCUUCCUACUCUACUGGACAGAGAGCUAUUCGAGCUGCUGUACAACUGGUCCAUGUCGCUGCCAUGCAACAUUGUGCUGAAGAAGGCAGUGGAUAGCCUCCUGUGCUCCAUGUGUCACAUCCAUCCUCGCUACUUCUCCCUUCUCAUGUCCUGGAUGGGCAUCGUCACGGCGCCCAGCGCCAGUCACUGUCAGGCCCAGCAGCAUCGUCUGGCGAUGACCGACGACGGCAAAAAGCAGCACAACGCCACCGCCGCCAGCGGACUUACAGAUGACUCCAAGCACGCAAGACCGCCGGUGAACCUGUCGGAGUCCCAGCUGACCACCUUGGCGGCGGCCUCCCAGUCCCCGGGAGCCAUCGAGCAGCUCCUGCACUCGGGUUUGCCUUCCUUGCUGGUUCGCAGCCUCGCCCAGUUCUGCGUCGGCCUCCUCGCCGGCGCCGACCUCCCGCUGCCCGCCGCUCUGGCCGAGAGGCGCAAUCACCAGUACCAGCCGUGCUCCUCGUCCGCUCAGAGCCGCACGGCGCUCGCCGCCGAGCUAGCUGCCCCCGUGCUGCACUUCCUCACAGAGGUGGGCAACAGUCACGCCAUGAAGGACUGGCUCGGGGGACCGGAGGUCAACCCGUUGUGGACGGCGCUGCUCUUCCUGCUGUGCCACUCCAGUGCCAGCGCCAACUCGGGGUGUCACGCCUCCGCCGCGGCCCCGGCGGCCCCGUCGCAGCCCCAGCCCUCGGGCUCCCGCUUUUCCCUGGCAUCUUCUGUGCCGUCUGGAGGGCUCACCACACAGCAAAGAACGGCUCUAGAGAACGCCACCGUGGCCUUCUUUCUUCAGUGCAUCUCCUGUCACCCCAACAACCAGCGGCUCAUGGCGCAGGUUCUGUGUGAGCUCUUUCAGUCAGCGCCACAGCGAGGCAACGUCCCCAUCUCUGGAAACAUCUCCGGCUUCAUACGGAGGCUGUUCCUGCAGCUCAUGCUGGAGGAUGAGAAGGUCACGGUCUUCCUGCAGUCUCCCUGCCCGUUAUACAAAGGACGCAUCAAUGCUACCAGCCACAUGAUUCAACAUCCCAUGUACGGAGCCGGCCACAAAUACCGUACGCUGCAUUUACCCAUCUCCACCACUCUGGCUGAAGUCCUGGACCGCGUCUCUGACACACCCAGUAUUACAGCCAAGCUGAUCAGCGAGCAGAAGGAGGACAAGGAGAAGAAGAACCAUGAGGAGAAGGAGAAGAUGAAGGCUGACAGUGGCUUCCAGGACAACUACAGUGUGGUCGUAGCCUCUGGUUUGAAGUCCCAGUCCAAGCGAGCUCUAUCAACUCCUCCCAGACCCCCGUCAAGAAGGGGUCGGGUGAUGAGUGACAAGUUGACGACGUCAUCUGUCGACCCAUCUGCCAAAACCAUCAGUGUGCCUGUCUUCCAUUUUUACCACAAGCUACUUCCAGGUCAACCCCUCCCACCUGAGAUGACUCUGGCACAGCUGCUGACUCUACUGUACGAGCGCAAGAUGCCGCAGGGAUACCAGUCCAUCAACCUCACUGUGAGACUGGGCUCCAAGGUCAUUUCCGACCCCGGCCUUUCCAAGACUGACUCCUUCAAACGCCUCCGCACUGAAAAAGUGGAUCACUCGGACAUGCUGAGCAGCUGCCCAGAAGACGAGCCCAUGACGCCCGGCGAAGAUUGUCUGGACGCCACAACGGAUGAGUCCCUGCUCGAGACGCACCCCAUCCAAUCACCGCUGCAGGUGUUUGCCGGGAUGGGCGGCUUGGCGCUGAUUGCGGAGCGGCUCCCCAUGCUGUAUCCCGAUGUCAUUCAGCAGGUUCUUGUCCCGUAUUUCCACAUUGGGUUUUUGGAACCAGAUCCAGGCCUCCUAUCAUGCAAAUCCCACUUCGCCCCACAGGUCAGUGCCCCGGUGGUGCCCUCUGCAACACAGGAGAAGCCCAAGGACACGGAUCAGUUUGAGUGGGUCACCAUUGAGCAAUCGGGAGAGCUGGUGUACGAGGCGCCCGAGUCCAUCGCCACCGAGCCGCCGCCCAUAAACAAGCAGCAGUCCCAGACGUCGUCUUCGUCUUCCUCCUCCGCCGUGCAGACCAUGUCACCCAUCCCCGCCCAUUCCUUGGCCGCCUUUGGCCUCUUCCUGCGCCUGCCGGGUUACGCCGAAGUGCUGCUGAAGGAGAGGAAACAUGCUCAGUGUCUGCUACGCCUGGUGCUCGGGGUGACGGAUGACGGAGAGGGCAGUCACAUCCUGCAAUCUCCGUCAGCCAACGUGUUGCCCACGCUGCCCUUCCACGUCCUGCGUGCGCUCUUCAGCAGCACUCCUCUGACCACCGACGACGGCGUGCUGCUGCGUCGCAUGGCUCUGGAGAUCGGUGCCAUACACCUCAUCCUGGCCUGCCUGUCGGCGCUCAGCCACCACGCCCCCCGCAACCCCAACGCCAACAGCAAUGUCUCCGAGCCCCAGAUGUCAAGUUGUCACGGAGGGACCAGUGAGGAGCAACAGCUGUACUGGGCCAAAGGGACCGGCUUUGGGACUGGGUCCACGGCCUCAGGAUGGGAUGUUGAGCAGGCUCUGACGAAGCAGAGGCUGGAGGAAGAGCACGUCACGUGUCUCCUGCAGGUCCUGGCGAGCUACAUCAACCCCGCAGGUUCCAGCAGCUUCCACGCUUGUGGCGCACCGUCGUCAGAGAGCAGAACCCACAACAGCUCAGCUCUCCCAGCAGUGCUGCAGGAGCUGCUGAGCCAGUCCUGUCUCAUCCCCGCCAUGUCCUCCUACCUGCGGAACGACUCCGUUCUGGACAUGGCCCGCCAUGUUCCCCUGUACCGGGCAUUAUUGGAGCUGCUGAGGGCCAUAUCGACCUGCACGUCCCUCGUCCCGCUUUUACUGCCGCUGUCUGGAGACCGAGGGCCGGAUGAGGAGGAGGAGGAUGAAGAGCACUCUGAGGGACAGACUUCUGUCGGGAUGCUGCUGGCCAAAAUGAAGACGUGUGUGGACACGUACACGAACCGCCUCAGGUCAAAGAAAGAUAAGAGCAAAGGUGUCGUGAAGACAGAUAGCUCGGAUCCGGAGCCUGAGGGCCUGACUCUCCUGGUGCCUGACAUCCAGAGGACGGCUGAGAUAGUCCAUGCUGCUACCACCAGCCUGCGGCAAGCAAACCAAGAGAGGAAACUGGUGGAGUCUUCAAGGAAGGUUUCAUGCAGACCCAAGCCCCUUUCCAUCCUUCGCUCUCUGGAGGAAAAAUACGUCGCUGCCAUGAAGAAGCUACAAUUUGACACGUUUGAAAUGGUCUCGGAGGACGAGGACGGGAAGCUGAUGUUCAAGGUCAACUACCAUUACAUGUCUCAGGUGAAGAACGCCAACGACACAAACAGCGCAUCCAGAUCCCGCCGCCUGGCCCAGGAGGCCGUCACCCUUUCCACGUCUUUGCCUCUGUCGUCCUCGUCCAGCGUCUUCGUCCGCUGCGACGAGGAGAGGUUGGACAUCAUGAAGGUUCUCAUCACCGGCCCAGCCGAUACGCCGUACGCCAAUGGCUGCUUUGAAUUCGAUGUGUAUUUCCCCCAAGACUAUCCCAAUUCACCUCCGUUGGUCAACCUGGAAACGACCGGUGGACACAGCGUGCGCUUUAACCCCAACCUCUACAAUGACGGCAAAGUGUGUUUAAGCAUACUCAACACAUGGCAUGGGAGACCGGAGGAGAAGUGGAACCCACAGACCUCAAGCUUUUUACAGGUGCUAGUGUCAGUACAGUCCCUCAUCCUGGUGGCCGAGCCCUACUUCAACGAACCAGGCUACGAGCGCUCCCGCGGGACACCCAGCGGCACCCAGAGCUCACGGGAAUACGAUGGCAACAUACGCCAGGCCACCGUCAAGUGGGCCAUGCUGGAGCAGAUGCGUAACCCCUCGCCGUGCUUCAAAGAGGUGAUCCACAAGCAUUUCUUCCUGAAGAGAACGGAGAUCAUGUCUCAGUGCGAGGAAUGGAUCAGCGACAUUCAGCAGUACAGCAGCGACAAGAGAGUAGGACGCACCAUGUCCCAUCAUGCCGCCGCGCUCAAGCGUCACACGGCUCAGCUCCGAGAGGAACUACUGAAGCUUCCCUGCCCAGACGGUCUGGAAGCGGACGGCGACGAGUUCUCGGAGAAGAGCGCGGCCCUCAUCCUCAAAGAGAUGCCCGGCGGCCAGGAUUUGGAGAAACCCGGGGGCAGUCAGGACGACCCCGUCGGCGGCGAGGGCCAGCUAUGAUCCUUCCAUGACGACGACGAUGACCCUCGCUAGAGACUCGAGGCUUUCCGGGAGCACAAGUCGCCAGUUUGUCAAUAUUUGUAUGUACAAAAUGUAAUAGUAUAAUAGCGGAAGACGGCCUCCAGAGGAACUCUGAACUAUGCUACGCCCCUUAAUCCACGGACUUUUAUCCACCCUGAGAAAAAAGCUUGUCCACAUGUUGUGCUUUUCUUUUGUCAAAUAACCACUGAUUGGUAUCUUAUCCGACAUCUUCAUGUAUACAGAACAUCAAAUAAUAUAAGGGAAGCCUUUAGAAUGUUUACCAAAUUUUAAUUGACCCCCGACCCCAAACUGUCCUUAUGACUGUUAGAGCCAGAAGGGACGUUUAUCAAGGAUGUAUAGCGAUCGUUCUUUCGUGAGGAAAUAAACGCCUACCAGAAUCCCAUCACGACAACAAAUCCCUUCUCUGGUCAUCUCUUGCUUGGUUUGAUAUCUCUGGGAUCAUAAUCCACGUCCGCUGUCCUCCCGUCAGGAGUCGGCGAGGACUGGUGCAUGUCGUAUGUAUGUGUAUGUGUGUGUGUGUGUGUGUCUUUAUGUGUGUGUGUGAGCAACAAUCCCCUGUGAGAUACAAAGCUGUGAUGUGCCUUUGAUUGACACCACACCACCAAAUACUCCAGUAUAUACCGUGUACCUUUAUCAAUUCUUUGCUGUUUUUACAGGAUGAAUUCUGAAUUGUGCGCCGUCUUGACAUUUAAAACUGCUUGGAUCUUUUUUCUAUUAUGUUGAACUUCAGUGAACAAAAAGAUGCACUUUCUAUUUUAAUCACUCCCUUGGACAGCCGCUUAUUCCUUUUGCUAGGACAUUAAAGGAUGCUUGAAAAUAUUCAGCCAUUGUGACCGGACUGUUUUCAUUUUUCACCAAAAUACCACCGAGCAUGAAGGACACGUCCAAAAAAAAGAAUCGCUCAUCAUAUUCAAGUAUCAGGAAAAUAAAGUUGGUUAUUUACUAAAAGUCAUUGUGGGAUGAG